UGCGCGGUUUCCGGGACUCGUGGUGUGCGACACAGGAGUGCGGCCAUGGCGGACCCGCAGCCUGAGUCCAGUGGCCUCACCGACGAGGCUGCCUUCAGUUGCUGCUCUGACGCGGACCCCAGCACCAAGGAUUUUCUAUUGCAGCAGACCAUGCUACGAAUUAAAGAUCCUAAGAAGUCACUGGAUUUUUAUACUAGAAUUCUUGGAAUGACGCUGCUCCAAAAGUUAGAUUUUCCCACCAUGAAAUUUUCACUCUAUUUCUUGGCUUAUGAAGAUAAAAAUGACAUCCCCAAAGAUGCAGAUGAAAAAGUAGCAUGGGUGUUCUCCAGAAAAGCUACACUUGAGCUGACACACAAUUGGGGCACUGAAGAUGAUGCGACCCAGAGUUACCACAGUGGCAAUUCAGACCCUCGAGGAUUUGGUAUGUUUGCCUAUUUGUAUGUGAUAUCUGUGAAUUUGUGUGAUGUGCACGUGCACCUAUCUAUGAUUAUAAACUUAAAAUAUUCAGGGGCUAAUUAUUACGUAUAAUCAGUUUAUUAAAGGUGUGGUUAUUUUUAUUUCCCACAAAAAAAUACAAUUUUCUAAAGGGUUUUUAACUAAAAAAAAACCUGGUCAAUGGUAAUCCUGAUUUCUGUUACUAUACACUUUUACGUUGAUCUGAAAUCCCUCAAUAAAUAUUACAGGAUUACAAGCUUCAGCUGGCUGCCAUAUAGUCAAUGCCAAUAUCAAACCUGUUAAUUAUGUGUAAAUGAUUAUUCUUUUUUAGUGUAAGUUAUUAUUAAUAGGUUGAACUGUAUAUGAGCCACUAUUGGUUUAUUUGAAAUAAUUUAUAAUUCAGAGCAGCUAAUUAAUUCAUUCUACCCAGCCAGUUAGAUUCUUGUUCUUU